AUGAUUCGUAUCAAACAAGACCCCGAUGUAUUAGAUUUAACAAAUCAUCCACAACAUUUACUUUCACCUACAAUCGAACAUGAUGUUGAUGGUGAUGAUGAAGAAGAGAAUUAUUCUGGUGAAGAUGAUACACAUGAUUGUAUUCCAAAGAAAACAACAUAUGAUAGCGGUUUUGUUGAUACAAGUGAUGAGAAUAAUAGUUCAAUUAUGGUUAAACAAGAACGAAAUCAUCAUCAUUAUCAUAGUACUCCACUUCGUCCUCAACAAAUUCAUGCACAUAUUCGCCACCCGAGUACAAGUAGUAGUACAUGUUCAUCACCAACACCUCAAGAACAAUCAAAUGAUAAAGAAUGUCGAAAUACACGAUUUUUGGGUAGUCGUGCUGUGUCAAUUUUAAAUCAUUGGUUUCAAUUAAAUCGAGAUUAUCCAUAUCCAGAUGAUGAUCGAACUGACCAAUUAGCAAAUGAAGCAGGUAUUACUCAAAAACAAGUUAAAAAAUGGUUUGCAAAUAAACGUGUACGCAGUCAAUUAUGUUAUAAACCAUUGUAUCGGUCUCGAAAAACUCGAAAUCCUCCUUCACAACAACCACCACCACCUCAAACAAAUUAUAAUUAUAUUAUUAAUCAUAAUAAUAUAGCAACACCAUCAUCAAAUUUUUCUCAACCUACAAAUCCAAUGUUAUUCAAUCCAAUGGCAACAUCUAUGAUGAUGUUUAUGAUGCAACAACAUUUUAUGUCAACAAUGAUGAAUAGUGGACUUCCUCAGAUUCCAAUUCCUCCACCAUUACCAACAAUAAAUUCAGCACCAUCGUCAUCAUCAUCGACAGCUCCACCAAAGAAAAAUGUUGAUCGAAUUACUCGUUUUUGGUUGUAA